UAUCGUGCGCGCAUGCUCAGCAGGACCAUUGGGGGUCCGUUGAGGUGGUGGAAGUUCCACGCCGAACAGGUUUUGUUUUCUUGUUUUUGUUUGGAUUAUUUCCGGUAAAGACCAUGGCCGGCACCGCAUUGAAGAGGCUCAUGGCCGAAUAUAAACAGCUGACGCUGAACCCGCCUGAAGGCAUCGUCGCAGGUCCGGCCAAUGAGGAGAACUUCUUUGAGUGGGAGGCGCUCAUCAUGGGCCCCGAAGACACGUGUUUCGAAGGCGGAGUGUUCCCCGCUGUCCUCAGCUUCCCCUCCGAUUAUCCUCUCAGUCCUCCCAAGAUGAGGUUCACCUGUGACAUGUUUCACCCCAACAUCUAUCCCGACGGACGGGUGUGCAUCUCUAUCCUCCACGCCCCGGGUGACGAUCCCAUGGGUUACGAGAGCAGCGCCGAAAGGUGGAGUCCAGUCCAGAGCGUGGAGAAGAUCCUGCUCUCCGUGGUCAGCAUGCUGGCAGAGCCCAACGAUGAGAGCGGCGCCAACGUCGAUGCCUCGAAAAUGUGGCGCGAGGACAGAGAGCAGUUCAACAAACUGGCUCAGAAGAUCGUCCGCAGGUCUCUGGGUUUAUGAGGAGGACGUCUCGUCAGGGCGUCUGUCGGUGAAAGACCAUCACCAUGGAAACCACCAGCACACAGAGCCGCUGACAUGGACAGACUGAUGGGAGGGUGCUCGUCAAGGCGCGUCAGCAGCCGUACACUGCAUGUCUUCUUACCUCCUCUGCUAGUCUCCUCCCCCAGACUCUUGCUUUAGUGGUCACAGCGGCGUUGGACUUCUUCGGACUUUUUAGACUGUCUGUCUUCGUGACGCAGGAUCCUCACGAUGCGCAGUUGGGCUUUCACAGCCGGGCCGUCGUAGCUCUGCUGCAACGUCUCCUGUGGAUUUGUCUGAUUUCACAAAUAGAUCAAUAAAGGCAAUGAAAGAGUGA